UGUUGGCAACGCCAUUACGGUCGCAGGAGUUUCCUCAUUUCUUUUGAUUCGGCAACGAAAAAAUCAAGUAAAAUGCCCGGCCCACAGCGGAGAAACACGGUGGACAGCCAGAAGUAUGCGGUGGAGGAGAUCGUUGGAAAGCGCAUCGUAAAAGGUCGUCUGCAGUUUCGAGUCAAGUGGAUGCACUAUCCGAUGAAAGCGAACACAUGGGAGCCAGUGGAAGAAUUGGGCCACCUCCCGCUCUUGCUGGCCGAUUAUGAGGCGAAGCAGUACAUGCGCUUCCGGAAGAAGCUGGCCGAGGCGGCAAAGCGCCCCAAAUCCCGGGCCAAAAGCAAGGCUAAGAGCGCCCCCCGUCGACGCCAAUCGCGCCACGUGCCCAGUGGCCAAGCAGCAACAUCGGCUACAUCGGGCUCGGCCGCAGCGGGCCAAGGAGUAAAUGGGGAACGCGGCUCAUUGAUCGGCAGUAAGGAGCAAUCAUCAGGGAGUUCGGUGGUAGCUCGAGGAGUUGGUCUCGCGAAUGAGCGCAAGCGUGUCGAUCCGCUGGCUGUGGAGCAUCCGAUCACUUCACGCGGCACAUCCGCGCAGGUACCGAACUGGAAAUUGGAGCCGUACAGGAAGUCCUUCGGCUUGGCGCGUGGCCUGGAGCUGGAAAGGGUGCACCACUGCUACUUUGUUCGCAGGCAGCUCUUCAUGUUCGUCACCUGGGUGGGACACACCACGAUGGACGCGGUGCUGCUUAGCGACAUACAACACGCAUAUCCGAUGCCAAUACUUAAAUACUUUGAGAGUUUGGGCUUCCCCAAUAACAAAGAUGCCUGAAUUCAAGGGAAUCGCAUUUCAAACAUAGAUUAAGCGUUUUUUUUUUUUUAACUCCAUCUAGAUAGCAUAGCAUUUUAACAUGUUUGUACACAGCUCGAUCGUCACUAAGCGAUUG